AGAUUCGAGGCCGACUCGAAGAUCGAACACAGCGAUUUCCGUCGGAUAUCAGGGAGAAGCGACGAUCGAGGCCCCGAGAGAGAAGAAAUGAGCUUUUUUACAAAUUGUGCGUGUAUUCCAAGAGCUCUCCGAUCCCUUUUUCAAAUUCUUCUCUUCUUCUUUUCUUUUAUUUUCAUUUUUUGUUGUGGAUCUGAUGAAUUUGACCGGAGAUGUGAGGGGCAGCUGGUCCUUUCCCGGCGAUUCUCAGGUGGUUUUUGCGCGGUCCAACUGGUCGAGAGAGAAAAGUGGCGCUGGUGUGGGCAGCGCCGGCGUAGGCUCGCCGGCUUUUGGAGAUGACGGCGACAGUUAUAAAGUCGGGACUCGGCUGGAUCCUCUUCUGUCUCUUUUUUUUUUUUGAAAUUCGAAGGAGAAUGUAAAAUAUCUGGAAUAAGAUUUUGUAUGAAUGUUUUGAGGAUAGUAUUCAUGAUGUCGUUCCUUGUUUUCUAUUAAAUUUCAGAAUGAACGAAAAAAGAAGGUUGUGUUUUGCUGGACUUAUGGGUUGAGAUGUAUGGAUUGUUAGGGUCAACGCUUGAUAGUGGGGAUCUCGACGCAUGCAGGUUGAUGGGGUUGUUAAGGGCAAUAUGGUUGUUAAGGGCAAUAUUUUGCCUUGGUUGAUGAAGUGUAAAUUCAAUUGGCUAUGAGCAAGGUUGUCAAGGGUGUAAAGGGUGAUGUACCUUUACUGCAUUUUUUUUUACUUUUAGGUAGUCAAGGGUGUAGGGGUUGAUGUGGUCUUGCUGCAUUGCUACUUUAUGAUGUGAAAAGGGCUCAUUUUCCAACACUUCAAAUCUCAAUCAAUGUGUUGAAAAUAGACAUCAAGUGGUCCACUGGGCGACAUGGGCAUUAGAGCUCUUACAGAGCCUCAUGAAAAUAAGUUGUAGAAUUAGGGUAGUUGAGUUGGACUUCGAAUUGACUAAAUAAAUAGCUGUGAAUUAGAAAAAAUUUGAAGUACAAAAUUGUUUGUAUAAGUAAAGGAGGCAUGUUCCCCAUUUUUCCCACACAAAUAUUUUGGCACUUGGAUUGUUUUAGGAGCUUGAAGUGGAAGAGUGAGCUCUAGAGAGAGGAAUUUUGGAGGAGAUAGAGAGAGGACGUCUCAACGUUCCUUGGCCGGUAAGUAAUAGAAAUUUGGAGAGGAGAAGAGCACGUUUCACCACAUUUCCUAGCGACAAGAGGCAUUGAAGUGUUAUCUUGGGAGAAGAGAGUUUAAGACAGACCACUUUGUGGAGUUCCAUCCCUCCUGGUCCAGAAGACUACGUGAUGUCGCACCCCAAGAUGAAUCUUCUUCCGGAAAAGGAUAGUUAUGAAACUUAUUUGAAGCUGCGGGAGAAGAAGAAAGCAUCCGGCAGGGGCAAGAAGGGUGGUUCGGGUAGUGAGCCCGUUAGUGAGUCCGAUGUCCAAGUGGUCGAACCGUCAGGGCGGUCAAAGAGGAAGAAGAAAGCAGCGCCUUCUGAGGUCCCGGACUACUCCGAUGGCUCUAUCCAUCUCACACUUCCUAGUGGGACUUUAGCCCGAAUCGACUAUGAUUCGUGUGCGGAUCAUUUUGAGCGUCUGUUGCUAGAGGACGACCGCACUAGGAUGUUGAAGGUUGGAGUGGUUGAUUCUGUCAGCACUUCCGCCCGUCUUGCGUUUCAGGGCUAUCAGUAUACUCUGUUCAUGAAGGAACAGCUGGUAGAGAUGGCUGACCAGCUCAAGGUGGCUCUGAGAAAGCAAGACGCCCUUCGGAAGGAACUCGAGGAAGUGAAGGGUCGUUAUGAAACGGCAGAGAAGGAGCUGAGGGAUGAGCUAUCCUUGAAGAGUCUCCUGAUUUCUACCCUCCAGUCUCAGAUAGGGCAAUUGGAGGCGACUUUGAAUGUCCGAGAGGAGGAGCUUCGGUUUAGCCAUCUUGAGACGGUCGUUCUUACCCGUGGUGAGAUGAUGAAGGAGUUCAAGGAAGGGAAGGCGGGUUCUUAGGACGUAGAGAAGGGCAUACGUGAGAUGGAGGAUGUGCUACGUGACAGGGCUGAAUGAGUGGGAGUGGUUGAUGCCCCUACUGACGGCGAGGGCGACGGGGGUGAUGACUAGACUUAUUUGUAGUUGAAACUUCUUCAAACACUUUCUAUUCGGUUAUGUAAUAGUAAUUAGGAUCUUCGAUCUUGACAUUAUCUACUUUUCUCCCCUAGUUUGAGUCUAGUCUCUUUUGGCUAGACUUGGACUUGGUAUUUGUAGGAUAUAUCAUUUUCCGGUAUAUCCGGCCCGAUCAGGGGGUUCACUCUUUGAUGCUUUAUCCGAUAUAUGUCUGAAUUUUAUGAA